AUGGGACCCUUGGUUCGAAUUCUGGACCAAGAUCGAUCGGAUGUUGAGAUUGUGAACCUGGCUCUUGAAACACUAUCGGAAAUCAUCUGCGCACAGGAUCAACUUGGCGAGCAGUUCACCGAAAUCUUCAUCAAGGACUCCGGCAACGUCAAUCUCUUGCUGGAGCUUAUCGAGGAGCACGACUUCUCGGUCCGCUGGUCGGCCAUCAAGCUGCUCUCCGGUCUGGUGUUACAUCAAACGAAGCAGAUGCAAACGCUGGUCCUUUCGUGCCCGAGGGGAAUACCGAGGCUGAUGGAUCUGCUGAUCGACAGCAGAGAAGUCAUACGCAACGACGCAUUGCUGAUGCUCACUCAGCUCACGAAGAGUAACGCUUACAUUCAAAAAAUCGUAGCUUUCGAUUCGGCUUUCGAUCGUCUAUUGGACAUCAUCGAGAGCGAGGGCUACGCCGACGGAGGAAUCGUAGUGGAAGACUCGCUCAGCAUCAUGUUGAAUUUAUUGCACAAGAACGAAUCGAAUCUGAACUUCUUUAACGAAGUUCGCUACAUCAAGCGUCUCGUCGAUUUCCUCCUCAGUCUGAACAAAACAACGUCGGAUUGGGCCGCAGGAAAAGUCUCGAACGUUCUGGCGAUGUACAAGGUAGUCAGAUGCCUCGUCAGCCCGAACAAUCCGGCGAACGUGACGAGGUCCUGUCAGCGGAGUAUCCGAGAAUCGGGUCUGCUGACCGUCCUCUGUGAUACACUGAUGACGUCGGGUGUUCCCGCACACGUCCUUUGGGAGAACAUAAACACCGUGGCCGAAGUCAUCCGAGGAUCACCCGAAAACCAGAGCAUUUUCCAAAAAGUCGAAGCGCCUCCGGAGCCCCCCACGUCCGCGGUGUUGAUACUUCUGAUGGCGAUGCUCACCGAAAAGCAGCCCCUGGAUCUGCGAUGCGCUAUUCUCUACUGUUUCCAAUGCUACGUGGAGGGUAACCUAGAACUACAAAAUCAAUACGUUCAACACUUCGACACCUGUACGGAAGGCAAGCAUCUCCACCAGGGUUUGCUUUCGAAAGAACCGAUGUGCAAUUGGCUCGCAGCGAUGGCCACCUCGUAUCUGAUCGCCAAUAACAAGGGCCUCGACCAUGUCAUGCUCGACCUGUCCGUUUUCUUGAAGAGUCCGAACAUGCCGAAUCAAACUCGUAUAGCCUACCUCGUCCUCAUAGCUACGUGGCUCAAUGGCUCAGAGGCAAACGUGGCGAAAUUCGUGAACUCAGCCGAUAACGUGUCGUACCUGACCUCAGAGCUGUGUCUGCCCUCCAACGAGCAACAGGAGGCCAUAGUGCAAUCGUUGUGCGCGAUCAACUUGGCGCUCUGUAUCGUCUACAACGACGACAGCAACGACGCACUCAAUAAGGUCGCGCUUCGGACUCUCGUCGUGAACCGAGUCGGCCGGGACGCGUUUCUAGAAAAGCUGAGCGUCCUGGCCAGGCAACCGUGCUAUGCGGCAGCUCUCCGAUCUCCUCAGAUUGUCGCCGACCAGACCCUGCUCGAUCAUCAGUUCUGCAGUCUGUACCGGAGCUGCGAGAACACGAUACACAAAUGUCUGGAAGAAACCGACAAACAGCAGCAGCAAAUUGACGAGCUCAAGCGAAUCAUCAAGCAGAAAGAUGAGCUCAUCAAUCAGCUGAGGAACGCUCACAGCUCGACCUUGGCCGGGGCGUCCACGACAGCGUCGUCUUUGGUACCGACCUUCAGCGUGAACUUGCCUCCCCAAGCGCAAUCCGGUCCCCCCGUGCAGAAGGUUGCGCCAGUAUGCGAAACGAAUUUCUACGACGAAUUCCAGAAAGCCAAGCAGAGGAUAUCAGAAGUUGAACAAGAGCUUCGGAUCCGUGAUAUGCGCAUCAUCGAUCUGCUGGCGCUGGUCGGCGAACAGAGUACCCAACUGAAGGAGCUCGAGGAUACAAUUUCUUCGAGUCAGACAAUCCAGGCGGCGGUCCCAAUCGGUAACCGAUCAGCAACACAAGUAACACCGAAUCACCUCGCGGGAACAGACCCUAUCUACGAGGGGUCUCAAGGACCUGCCGCGAUAAGCGCAGGAUUCCAAGCGAUUUCUCUGGACGACCCCUCCACUCAAGCCGUGGCUCCUGCCAGACCUUCGCUGGAGAGCAUGGGAGCGACCGCUAUGAAUUAUGCGACUUUGGCCCAGAACUUCCAAACGACGGUUCCCUCAGGCCCGGAGUCCGAACAGUCCAGCGAAUCUGCUGUGAAUUCCGCAGCGAAGACGCCAUGCUCGAUAGCGGUCUCCCAUGGAAUCAUGUCGGAUAGUCCGGCGAUCCAAGCGAUCACUUCUGUCGUACCCGCUCCGAUCGCGCAGACGGCCACCGUUUCUGAGCUGCCGCAAGCUCUCGUGAUGACUGUGGCCGAGCCAGCCAUGAUGCCGAGUUCUUCAGCAGCACCGAUGGUUCAGUUCUACAACCCGGCCGCUAUGUUCCAGCCGGUGGCCUUGGCCGGUGAGCAACCGA